AGUAGCAACAAGUUAGCUUCGUUAGCUUCAUUUGCACAGCACAAGGACGUCCGAAAACAUUUCAUGUUACUUUAACAAUUUUUGUUGUUUUAAUUUACUUGUAAAGACUCGUUAAUUUUUUGUCGCUUCCGUGAAUCUGAAGAUGCCUCCCAAACCUCUGGAGCCUCUGGCCAAGAAACUCAUGAAGGGACUGAUUGCACUGGAGCUGCUCGGGGUCUUUGGGGCGUAUGGUCUCUUUUACAAGAUGAACAACAGUCAAGAUUUCAGGAACACCAUGAACAAGAGGUUACCUUCAGUCCUAGAAGUUUACUACCAGUCCAACGAGUGGGCGGGAGUCUAUGGAAUUCGAGAGAAAGACCAUGCAGCCUGGUCAGCCAAACAGGAGUGAAGGUGUCCAUCAGUUUUAAAAUCGACAAACACACAGCAGCUGCUACUUCUUCC